AUGGAGAUCUUUUUCUACGUCCUCUUCGCGCUGCUGCUGGUAGCGUGCUGCGGGCUGGAAUUCAGCAAAGGCCAAAAUGACCGCGUGCAGACUAGCUCCGCGUUCGAGAGCUUCAAAAACAAUUACCUCGUCAUCUACUGCCUCAUGAUGGCGGGAGACUGGCUGCAGGGCCCGUACGUGUACGCGCUGUACCAGCACUACGGCUACGACCAAGGCGACAUCGGUCGCCUCUUCAUCGCCGGAUUCGGCUCAUCCAUGGUCUUCGGAACGAUCGUCGGUUCGCUUGCUGACAAGCAUGGUCGGCGUAACGCGAGCAUCAUCUACUGCAUCACGUACAUCCUGAGCUGCUUCACCAAGCACUCGCCGCAGUACGGCGUGCUCAUGGUGGGCCGCGUGCUCGGUGGCAUCGCCACCUCGCUGCUCUUCUCCGCCUUCGAGUCGUGGCUCGUCGCGGAGCAUUUCAAGCGCGGAUACGAAGCGCAGUGGCUGUCUGUGACGUUUUCCAAGGCCAUCUUCCUGGGUAACGGGCUCGUCGCCAUCCUCGCUGGGCUCAUCGCCAACACGCUCGUCACGGACCUUUCGCUGGGACCCGUCGCGCCGUUCGACGCGGCGGCCGUGCUGCUGGGCAUCGGCAUGGCGGUAAUCAUCUACACGUGGCCCGAGAAUUACGGCGACGCGAACGAGAACAAGGGCCUGGCAACGCAGUUUAAAAAUGCGUUCACUGCCAUCACGUCUGACGAGAAGAUUGCCCUGCUGGGCGCAAUCCAGUCGCUGUUCGAGGGCAGCAUGUACACGUUCGUUUUCCUGUGGACGCCCGCUCUGUCGCCCAACAACCAGCGCAUCCCGCACGGAUUCAUCUUCGCCACCUUCAUGCUCUCCUCCAUGAUUGGCUCGUCGCUCGCCUCGCGUCUCAUGGCGCGCCAGAACCUGCGCGUGGAGCUGUACAUGCAGAUCGUCUUCUCCGUCGCGUCCGUGUCGCUGCUUGUUCCCAUCCUCAACUUCAUGUUCAUUGAGCCAUCGCCACCCGAGGGCGGUGGCAUCACGGCGGGAGGGCAGGUGCAGCUGCUGGGGUUCUGCCUGUUUGAGGUGUGCGUGGGCAUCUUCUGGCCGUCCAUCAUGAAGAUGCGGUCGCAGUACAUCCCAGAGGAGUCCCGCGCCACCAUCAUGAACUUCUUCCGCAUCCCCCUCAACAUCUUCGUCUGCGUUGUCCUCUACAACGUGAGCGCUUUCCCCAUCACGGCCAUGUUUGGCAUGUGCUCCUUCUUCCUUGCCAUCGCUGCCAUCCUGCAGCGCAGGCUCAUGGCAGCUGCAGUCAAGCAUGCCACGUAUGCACCCGCUGACAGCUGGGAGACACAAGAGCUCAAGGAUGAACAUUGA